GGGGCUUCCGGCGAGCGGCGGCUCCUUUCUGGGAAGGCGGGGGCCGCAUCCUCCACGCCCCUCGGCCGCUGCGCUGCUCGCCGGCCCGCCCGCCCGCUUCGACCUCGCCAUGUCCGCCCUGGAGAAGCAGCUGCAGCUCGGCCGCCUGCCCCCUCGCCCGCCGGGCCCCGCCGGAGGCAGCGGCCAGGCCCCUCCCAAGAUGCGCAUGGGGCCUGGAAGGAAGCGAGAUUAUAGUCCGGUUUCCUGGAACCAAUAUUUUGAAUCUAUGGAAGAUGUCGUGGUUGACACCGACUCUGGCAAGGAUACUUUUCGAGUUUACAAGAGUGGGUCCGAAGGUCCGGUGUUGCUCCUACUUCACGGCGGAGGUCAUUCUGCGCUCUCCUGGGCCGUCUUCACCGCCACCAUCGUCAACCGUAUCCAGUGCAGGAUCGUAGCUUUGGAUCUAAGAGGACACGGUGAGACGAAAGUCCGGAAUCCGGAAGACCUCUCUGCGGAGACAAUGUCCAAAGACGUUGGCAACGUGGUGGAAGUCAUGUAUGGUGACCUCUGCCCUCCCAUUAUGCUGAUCGGGCACAGCAUGGGAGGAGCCAUUGCUGUCCACACAGCGGCAUCCAACCUGGUGCCGAGCUUGUUGGGCCUCUGUAUGAUCGACGUUGUGGAAGGGACGGCUAUGGAUGCCCUCAACAGCAUGCAGAACUUCCUUCGGAGUCGCCCGAAGACGUUCAAAUCUCUGGAAAACGCCAUCGAAUGGAGUGUGAAGAGUGGACAGAUCAGAAAUCUUGAAUCGGCGAGAGUGUCCAUGUUCGGCCAAGUCAAAGAGUGCGAAGAAGCCACGAGCCCCGGCGGCCCCAAAGCCAUCGUGGAAGGGAUUAUAGAAGAGGAGGAAGAAGAGGAAGAGGAAAGCGAAAACGGGGAGUCUCUCAACAAGAAGAAGAAAGAUGACGACGUGGAGACCAAGAAAGAAGCCACCUACACCUGGCGGAUUGAACUGUCCAAAACGGAGAGAUACUGGGAUGGCUGGUUCAGGGGUCUCUCCAACCUCUUCCUCAAUUGCCCUGUCCCCAAACUGCUGCUUUUGGCAGGUGUCGAUAGACUGGAUAAAGAUCUCACCAUUGGCCAAAUGCAAGGGAAAUUCCAGAUCCAGGUGCUCCCGCAGUGCGGCCACGCAGUCCACGAGGAUGCUCCGGAGAAAGUAGCGGAAGCUGUGGCAACGUUCCUCAUCCGUCACAGGUUCGCGGAGCCCAUCGGCGGAUUUCAAUGUGUUUUUCCUGCUUGUUAAUACCCCCCCUCGAUGGUCCCUCCUGCACCUCUUUUAAAUAAACCAACAUCGGACGCAUCGUGGCAUGUCCCAUCUCUUCCCCGUCAUCCGCCUCCGACCCAUCGGUACAAAUCUCACCGCGAAGAAACCGGGUGUCCGGCUCGGUUUUUCUGUUUCUCCUCCCGCCACUUCAUCCUGGCUGGACCCCCCUUUUGCCCCUUCACCCGAAAUCGUCAGAUCCUGGCUUGUUUCUUCCUUAAAUGGCUAUCGGCGGCUAAUCCAGGAUGUUGGGUAAACUCCGGCUUUGUGGGGGGUGGGUGGGGAGGAAUUUCAUCCAACCUUCCUCGCUUCACCCACUCUCCCCACUUGUGUGUACGUGGCCACCUGUUUUCCGACAGCCGAGGCAUUAUUCUCCCACGCAUGAAAGGGGCGGCCUUUCUCAAACCCAGCGCCAUCCAAACGCCCACCCAGGGCGCAGUUUCCAAAAUGGCUAGCUAGCCACCGAUUCGCUUGCAACCCCAGCAUGUCUGAACCAUGCCAGGGUGGGGUAGCCUCACCUGGUGAAUUGUCUUCUCUGUGUCUGCAGUGUUUGUGCACCUCGGUGACUUUAAUACGGGGGGACAAACGGACAGACGGACGGACUAUAACUCCCAGAAUUCUGGGAGUUAUAGUUCCGUCCGUUUUACACCCCACCCCGGUCUCUUUAAAGCCACCAAGGUUGACAAAUACUCUUAUUAGGAAGUCUUGCGCAGCACAACCGGGGAAGGGAAGCUGUCCUGUUGAACCUCCACCUGCUUAAAAAAUCGUUUGCUGAUCCUUCGUCCGGAUGAUUCCCCUCCCUCCUAGAUCCAGAUCCAGGAAUGCAACCAAAUGUUUUCCCGCGGGCCACAGAAAGUUUUCCAGGUGUUUUCCUGGCUGUCCUUGGGAGAUCACAGCCCAAAACGCCUUCUUCCCUUUCUGAACCUGUCUUCAACGCUUUUAUUUGGGAACAAGGAAAGGGAGGGGGGGGAAUGGGGGGGGGGAUUGUAGAGAGGCACAAAUCAGGGGUUUGUUUUUUUUCCUGUUCUUCACCUCCGGUGGCCAAACUGUUUUUUGGGGGAGUGGUGCCUUGAGUUCAAAUAAAGUGGAAAGAAUCUGCAAA